AUGUCUGAAAACCUGUCCAAAUUUGCGCAAAGCCCUCAACCGCAGCUAGUUUUGGAGCAGUUGCCUAGCAAAAUGGUCAAAAGGCGUUUGGACCUCAAGAAAGGCGCCACGCCGGAGGACGGCGGGGGGACGGCCACCGCACGCGAACAAGGUCGGAAGCUGUUCGGCGGCUACAAGAUCACGCCGCGGCCCUGCCAGGGCACGUCCAGCAGCACGGGCUUCAGGGAGGCCGCCACGGGCACCUGCAUGUUCAACUACGAGUGCAGCCGGCGCCAGGGCGAGGUGGUGGGCACGUGCACGGACUCGUUCCUGUUCGGCGCGUGCUGCCGCCUGCCGCCCGGCGUGGUGUACGCCCCCGACGACGUGGAUGAGCUCGGCGUCCACGCCGUGGACCCCCUGGACUCGGCGCUCAUCAACGAACUGUUCCUGAACGCCGCGCUGCACCGGCCGCCAGCACAGGGCACGUACGCGUCGCCGGACACCGUGCUGCUGCACCGCAACGGCUCCGUCGUCAGCGAGGAGGCGCAGAACCUGGAGGAGCUGUUGGCCCUCAACAACAGCCCUUCGUCGGGCCUGGCCGCCACCAGCAAGUCGCCGCCGGAGACCUCGGCGACGGGGAUGGACGGCUCCGCGCCCGGCCGGCCGGAGAUCACCACCUUCAGCUACGUGACCGGGCCCGGCGGCGUGACGGCCACCUCCACUGCCCCGGACAUGCAGCCCACCACCAAGCUGGCGGGGACCUUCGCGUCCACGGGCAGGCCCUACCCGUCAGAGCCGUCGUCCUGGGACCAGAUCCUGCAGUCCAACUCGAUCCCCACCGAGGCCGUGGAGCAGGACGAAGCGGCCGACGCGAGCAACAAGGUCUCCACCAAGCCGUACGUCGCGGCCUCCACCACGUUCUACACCCAGCCGCAGCCGCCGCGCAUCACCAAGCCCACGUUCUACUCGUCCACCACCAAGUGGCACACCUCGGGCGGCGUGACGACGCAGCGCUUGCCGUCCUUCCGGCCCAAGCCGCAGGCCAGCACGUCGUCGCCCUGGUCUUCAUCCGCUGGCACCAAGUGGACCUCCUCGCCGUCCAAGCGGCCCCAACAGCCCGCCGCGUCGCCCGGCGAUCACUUUGUGCCGGUGCCGCUGGUCACGGCCAACUCGCAGAAUGGCGUGACGGUCCCGGACACGCCGGCCGACGACAACAUCGAGGUCGCCACCAACGCCGCCUCCAUCAGCCACAUCCUGUCCAUCCUCAACAACUCGUCGCCCCCGGUCAUCGAGCAGAGUGACCCCAUGCCCGAGCCCGAGGCGCACCCCGACCCGCACAACACCACCUCCGGCGUGUCCACAUGGGUGUCCGUGGACGGCGACAAGCCCAAGCCGCUGAGCCAGCAGUUCGCGGAGGACGCCGCGGAGGAGGACGCGUCAACGACGCCCAGCAAGGAGUACCCGACCGAGACCACCAGCAACCUCGUUACAUUGUCUACCUUCUACUCGUCGAAGCGGCCGACAGUCACGCACGGCAGCACGCAGGGCACGACGGUCAAGGUGCACGGCCCCGCGUACAACGUCAAGCCGUCCACGCCGCACUACCAGGGCGAGCCGAGCACGCCGUACGAGACGACGGUGCUGUUCAAUCCCACGGCGGCGGACUCGGUGGAGAACGACGACUACUACCCCACGGUGAGCGUGACGCCGCCGCCGCCGCCCGACCCCACGUUCCACUACAGCCCGUACCCGCGCCCGCCCACGCCGCCGCCGCCCGUGCACGCGCACUACGACGCGCCGCUGACCGCGUCGCCCGCGCCGCCCGUGCCCUCCACGUCGCUGCGGCCGCCGAAGCCGUCGCCCGUGCCGCCCCCCGCGCCCACCGUCAUCGUGCUGGGCCCGUACGACCCCAUCACCACCAGCAACUACCCCACGCGCAGGCCGCAGCCCGUCACCUCCACGACGGAGAGCUCCGUGCUGCCGAGCCAGGGGCUGGUGUACACGCAGGUGCCGUCCAACCACGGCCAGGGCGGCACAGUCACCAUCAUCACGAAGCGGCCGCAGCGGCCUGCAUCGGCCACGACGAGCACUGUGACCAAACGCACGCCCAUCACCAUCUCCGCGUCGGCCAGCACCACGCCCGGGCCCGCCGCGCUGGCGGACAUCACCCAGAGCGUGGCUGCGUCGUCGUACCCGGGACACACCGGGACCAUCUCGCCCGGGCGCCCCAACGAGAACGACUUGGUGGCCUUCCCGCCCGUCAGGGACCCCAACCUCAACGUGACCAACAGCUACCCGGGCCACACCACCAUCGACGACCAGGACUACACCGAGUACCCGCCGGACUACACGACGCCGCACCUGGACGACGCCAACCUGGACAACAAGGUGCACGGCUUCGUGGACAAGAUCGUCCAGUCGCUGCAGGGCAACUUCGAGGAGCUGGAGAACGUGCUGUUUAGCGGUGACAACAGCUCCAGCAGCGCCAAGCCCGUGUUCUACUCGACCACGACGCGCCGGCCCACCGUGCUUAGCACCAUCGUGUCCUCCCUGCGGCCCACCAGGACCACGACGCGCCGUCCCCCGACGCGGCCCUCCAAGCCGUCCACGGCCACCAUCACCAUCACCACGACGCGGAAGCCGCCCAGCAAGCGGCCCAGCACGACCGCGACGACCAAGCGGCCCACCACCAGGCCCAAGCCGACGACCACCAAGAAGCCCAAGCCGCCCAAGCGCAAGCCCACGACCACGCCGGCCCCCGAGGAAGAGGACGAGGAUGAAGACGACGACUUGUCGUCCACGAGCGGCUACGGCAGCUCCACCACCUCCACCGAGGACUACGAACCGGACUACAGAAGCCAGUGCGGGGUGCGGCCCCACGUCAAGUCGGGGCGCGUGGUGGGCGGCAAGGGCGCGCGCUUCGGGGAAUGGCCCUGGCAGGUGCUCGUCCGGGAAUCCACGUGGCUCGGCCUCUUCACCAAGAACAAGUGCGGCGGCGUGCUCAUCACCCACAAAUACGUCGUGACGGCGGCCCACUGCCAGCCAGGGUUCCUGGCGUCGCUGGUGGCCGUCUUCGGCGAGUACGACAUCUCGGGCGAGCUGGAGCCGAAGCGCUCCGUCUCCAAGAACGUGCGGCGCGUGAUCGUGCACCGGCAGUACGACGCCGCCACGUUCGAGAACGACCUGGCGCUGCUGGAGCUCGAGUCCCCCGUGUCCUACGACACGCACAUCGUGCCCAUCUGCAUGCCGCAGGACAACGAGGACUUCACCGGCAGGAUGGCCACCGUCACCGGCUGGGGUCGGCUCAAGUACGGCGGCGGCGUUCCCAGCGUGCUCCAGGAGGUCCAGGUGCCCGUCAUCGAGAACAGCGUCUGCCAGGAGAUGUUCCAGACGUCCGGCCACGCCAAGAACAUCAUCGGCAGCUUCCUCUGCGCGGGCUACGCCAACGGGCAGCGGGAUUCGUGCGAAGGCGACAGUGGCGGCCCGCUGAUGGUGGAGCGCGACGACGGCCACUGGGUGCUGGUGGGCACCGUGAGCCACGGCAUCAAGUGCGCCGCGCCCUACCUGCCCGGUGUCUACAUGCGCACCACCUUCUACAAGCCCUGGCUGCGCUCCAUCACGGGCGUGUCGUGAGCGCGCCGAGGACGCCGUCGGCGCCCCUCCAGUGAUCAACUUCUUGCCACCGCGGCGCCGGCCUCCGCGCCGCGCGUCCCGGACUCUGGGCCGCAGCUCUGCAGCGUCGCCUCCAAGUGAUGGACUCGAGGAGCAGGCGCUGCCGCUGCCGCCGUUGUUGUUGUUUUAGUUGUUGUUAUUGUUUU